AUGCAGACAGUGACAGUACCAGCUAUCGGCAAACAUGUGACGAAUGAAGAGUUAGUAAAUCUGUUCGAAAGGUUUUGGCAAAUCGAAGACACGAAUAAAAAUGAUGUGGAGAUUACCGAGCCACUUUUAGAUGACCUGGAAAUGGAAUUUCAAGUGAACACAACGAUAAACUCAAACGGAAAAUAUGUUGUCAAGAUUCCUUUUACUAAGGAAUUCAGCAUGCUUGGUAAUUCUUAUGAACAAGCAUAUAGAAGACUAAUUACACUAGAGAAACGAUUACAUUUCAAUAAGAGCCUGCGAGUCGAAUACAAUAAAUUCAUGCAAGAAUACAUUGAUUUGGAACACAUGGUUUUGGUGAGCAAACAUGAAGAAAAGAACGUAGUUUAUUACAUACCACACUCGUGCGUAAUUAAACCAGACUCAAGUACAACCAAACUCAGGGUUGUUUUUGACGCCAGUGCUAAAACCUCAACGGGAAAAUCGCUCAACGAUCUUCAAGCGGUUGGUCCUGUAAUCCAGAGGGAUCAAUUUGACCUAGCCAUCGAGUUUCGCGGAGCCGAUGUAGUUCUGAGCGCGGAUGUAACGAAGAUGUAUCGACAGGUAAUGAUUGAAGAGACCCAAACUUGGGCACAAUGUAUAUUGUACCGAUUCAGCGAGAAUGAUGAAAUUCGCACAUAUAGACUGCUCACCGUGACUUACGGUGAAGCAUCCUCUUCUUAUCUGGCCUGUAGGGCUCUACAUGAAGUCGGUGAAGAAAUCAAGGAUAAGCACCCGAAAAUUGCAGAAGUAAUAAGGAAAUGUUUCUACGUAGACAACUUGAUGGUUGGGGCUGCAACCGUAGAAGAGCUGAAGGAAAUCAAAGAAGGUGUUACAAACGCUCUUGCGAAACGUGGCUUCCCACUUCGAAAAUGGGCAUCGAACAAAGAGGAGCUUCUAGAAGGUAUACCAUCUGAUGAUCUGGAGCAAACCGUUCAAAUAGGCGACAGAGAAACGAUAAAAACGCUAGGUAUCAACUGGGCACCUAGAAACGAUACAUUUUCGUUCAAACCCGAGGAAAAUCAAACGUUUUCGACUGUUUCUCUUACUAAAAGGCAAUUGGCUUCUGAGAUACUAAGGCUCUAUGAUCCAUUGGGUCUCAUCCAACCGAUUAUAAUAACAGCAAAAAUUCUGUUUCAACAGUUGUGGAGAUACAAACUGAAUUGGGACGACCUCAUUCCCGAAGAAAUGGCAUCAACAUGGUUCAAACUGAAAGCCGACUUGCCAGCACUAACUACAGUCGAAUUUCCCAGACAAGUACUUCCAAGCAAGCCUCACCAGUUAGAACUGCAUGGGUUUUGUGACGCGUCAACUAAAGCGUUCGGAGCGUGCAUAUACUUAUCACAUGUUGACAAGGAAGGCAAUAUAAGCACAAAUCUUUUGUGCUCUAAAUCUAGAGUUACGCCCAUAAAAGAAACUUCACUACCACGACUCGAACUUAAAGCCGCAGUGCUUCUCUCAGAACUAGCUCACAGAAUCAUAAACGUGUUUGAAAGCAGGAUCCAUUCAGAGUACUAUUGGAGUGAUUCUACAGUAACAUUAGCUUGGAUUAAAGGUCCAACAGAUCGUUGGAAACAAUAUGUGAGAAACCGAGUGAACAAAAUCCACGAACAUUCUAAGCCUGAACAAUGGCAACAUGUUUCUUCGGAAAAUAAUCCGGCAGACAUAAUAUCACGAGGUAUAUCUGUGAAAACAUUUAUUACCUCAAAGCAAAAGUUUUGGAUGUACGGUCCAAAAUACCUAAAAGAUAGAUAUGCAUGGCCCAACGAGGAGCACAAUUUCCAGACUGACGAAGAAGUCAACAGAGAAAGAAUCAUAAAUAUCGUACAGGUGAUAGCAACCGAGGAUUACUUGUUUCAGUACAAGCAUCAUAAUUCAUUCAUGAAGACGCAACGACACUUCGCAUGGUUAGGCCGAGCUGCUCUCAACUUCACAAGCAGAUCUAGAACUCUCAAAGAAAGAGGGAUAAUAAGGCAAGCACACACGGGUCCUCUCACAUCCGAUAAUCUUGAACGAGGCACACAAUUAAUUGUAACGACCAUGCAACGAUCGAUAUACCCUGACGAAUGGAAUACACUAGAAAAGGGUGGAUCACUGGAUCAAAGGGGACAUUUUCAACACGUUAUAUUGACAAUGAAAGAAGGAGUUAUUCACGUAUCGGGACGUUUGAGUCAGGCAAAUGUACUUCCCACAUGUAAAGAACCAAUGCUUUUACCAAGUAGACAUCCGUUCACUAGAACAUUGAUCCAGCACAUACACGAGAGGAGAUUUCAUACUGGGAUUGAAACUGUUGUAGCGGAGUUCAAACAAAGUUUUUGGAUGCGGAACCUACGGAGAAUCACACAAGGAGUUCUAAGUAGAUGCGUAAUCUGUGCCAAAAACAGACCUAAGCAACUGACCCAAAGAAUGGGCCAACUACCAUCAGCCAGAGUGAAUCCCUCACCCGCUUUCACACACACAGGAGUGGACCUCUGUGGUCCAUUCGAAGUUUUAUUGAACAGCAAAUCUCGUAUCAAAACUUUAGCCUACGUUUGCAUCUUUGUGUGCUUCUCAACAAAGGCGGUGCACUUGGAAGUGGUAGAAAACCAAUCCACAAGCGCGUUCAUUGCUGCUCUAUUGCGGUUCGUGUCGAUGAGAGGCACACCAGACGUUAUAUAUUCAGAUAACGGAAGAAACUUUAUAGGAGCCAGCAAAGAGCUUACGCAACUCAGAAGAAAGUACAACAAGAAAAUAGAGCAGGAUAAAAUUACAACUAUGGCUGGAGAAAAAGGAAUCAACUUCUCCUUUAUACCUCCCAGGAGUCCGAAUUUUGGUGGACUGUGGGAGUCAAAUAUAAAAAUUGCUAAGCGUCUUUUUAAGGGCGCAGCUAGAGGCGCUCAAUUCAACAUACUAGAAUUACAAACCGUAUUCUACCAGAUAGCAGCGAUCAUGAAUUCGCGCCCACUAACAGCAGUUGUGACAGAACCAGGAACGCCCGAGGCGUUAACACCCGGGCACUUCCUCAUAGGAAGACCAAUGACAGCAAUUCCCAUUUCAAUACAAGAAGAGGCUGACCCAAACUUUCAAGUCAGAUGGAAGAGGAUACAAAAUCAAACGGAGCAAUUCUGGACCCGAUGGAGGACCGAGUACCUUCACACUCUCCGCAAUUAUGCCAAGUGGAUCAAGGCCAAUCCGAGCAUCCAGGUGGGACAAAUAGUUCUAAUCGGCGAUGACAAUAUUCCGGUGUCAAAGUGGCCCAUCGGAAUUGUAAGAGAAGUUUUCGCGGGUCCCGAUAACAUCAUCAGGGUAGCCACAGUUAAGACCAGCUCUGGUACAUACAAGAGAAAUGUUCGGCUGCUGGCCCCAUUACCAAUAGACUACGAUAAUGAAUCAAAUCCCCAAGCCGGCAGUAUCAGCGAGAAUAACUCAUCACAGCCAAUAUCUGAAGUAUCAUUGCAGUCUAAAGAUUCCUUGCGAGAAGAAGUCGAAGAAGAUCCGCCCCCUAGAGCUGCAGAUACAAUUUGGGGCGACAGACUGCGCCCCAAGGGGGGGAGAAAAUGGAGUAAGUUAAAUUAA